GUUGUUAGAAAAGAAAAGAUGUUAAUGCAAUGCUAGGCUCGAAGUAAACAUGGCGGAAACGGAGUCCGACUCUACUCCUCCUAAUGAACAAAUUAUUAAACCGAUUACGGCGGGUCCUCGAGUUGUGACAAUUUACAAAACUGAAACUGGUUUCGGAUUUAAUGUGCGUGGACAAGUUAGUGAAGGUGGUCAGCUUAGAAGUAUCAAUGGAGAAUUGUACGCUCCCCUUCAACAUGUCAGCGCAGUUUUGGAUGGUGGAGCUGCAGAAAAAGCUGGGAUUAGAAAGGGCGAUAGAAUUCUUGAAGUGAACCGAGUAAGCGUGGAAGGUGCCACUCACAAGCAGGUAGUGGACCUCAUCAAAUCCGGAGGCGAUGUCCUCACCCUGACUGUCAUUUCCGUCACUCCUCAGGAGGCGGAAAGGCUGGAACCUAGUGAGGAUCAGUCUAGUUACAACUAUAUAGACUACACGGACAAACGAUCCUUGCCAAUAUCUGUUCCUGACUACCACUACAUUGACAAGGCUGGAGAUAGAUAUGCGGUAUUCAACAUCUACAUGGCGGGCCGACAUCUCUGCUCCAGGAGGUACCGGGAGUUCUCCAAUUUGCACAUGAACUUGAAAAAAGAGUUUAUCGGUUUUAGCUUUCCCAAAUUGCCAGGAAAAUGGCCCUUCACGUUGAGCGAGCAGCAGCUGGACGCCAGGAGGCGAGGGUUGGAGCAAUACCUGGAGAAAGUUUGUGCUGUCAGAGUCAUAGCGGAGUCUGAUAUUAUGCAAGAGUUCCUCACCGACACGGACGACCAACAGGGUAACAUCUCUCCAGUGGACCUCAAGAUCCUGCUGCCAGACAGAGAAAUUGUCACGGUGACUGCCCGCAAGAACUCCACUGCAGACCAAGUCUAUGCUUGUGUUGUAGAGAAAAUCCAGAUGUGCAAGAAUACUGCACUCUAUUUUUAUCUGUUUGAAAUAGUCGAAUACAACUUUGAACGCAAGCUGCAGCCGACGGAAUUGCCUCACCACUUGUAUAUCCAAAACUACAGUACAGCCAGUGCCACAUGCUUGUGCGUGCGGAAGGUGCUGUUCUCAUUGCGAGCCGAGCUGGCGUUAGCGGCUGACGAGCAGGCCAUGCAGUAUAUUUUCUGGCUGGCUGUUGAUGCGGUAGACCGAGGACAUAUCCGGGCUGAUGACAGGCUCUACCAGCUCAAGGCUCUGCAAGACUCUUCUCGGAAGAAUGAGUACUUGGCACUAGCAAGAGAAUUACCAGGGUAUGGAGAGGUUGUGUUUCCUCAUUGCGGCUGUGAUUCUCGUAAAGAAGGCCAUAUCAUAGCUUGUAUCGGCAUCAACGGCUUCAGAUUGCUGGCUUGUCGGAACGACGGUUCACUAGAGAGCCAGGUGGUGGAGUUCUCCUGGUCGCAUAUCAAGCAGUGGCAGCUGGAUAAGGAGGGGAUGCUGUUCUGUUUCCAGUACCAGAAAAGCAGCAACACCAACCCUCGAUGGGUUAAGAUUUUCACGCCCUACUUCACGUACAUGGGCGACUGUUUCGACCGGAUACAAGAGGAACGCAAGUGGUCAGACACCGGAGAGUGACACUCACGCCAUCUAGGUCCCACUCAUUAAUCACCCGGUCCUCCCUCCGUACCGUAUCGAAUUUCUUUCUAUUAUUAGACUACGUUAUGUGAUAUUGUUCGUGGUUGAGAGUGGCUUGGCGAACGCUAUGUACAUUGCGGGUUAGCUUUUCAUGUAACAUUCCAGUAAACGAUUCAGAUGUCGUCAGGACCACUGUUACAGUAACUGAGAAAUGAGUGAACCAAUUUUAAACUUAAAUUAAAAGAAUCACUUUAUAACCAGUAUCCUAGAAAAUAUAAAAGCAUAUUCUGAUAAUCAGUAUUGGAAAAAUUAAUCCUUUAUAACAGAAUAUUCUACCAAAAUUUACUUUUAUACAUACUGUAUGAUCAGUUUUAAUUAUUUAACUGUGUAAGUUUACAUAAAAAUCAAGGUGCUUUGUUAUUAUGCCCUCAACUUUUAUUCUAUAAUUUGACAAGAUUAAUUGUAUUUUAAGAUGCUGCUUACUCUCCAGUUCCUUAUACCUUUAACAAUACUUGAUUCAUGAUCAUAACUAAAUGAAUAAUAAAUUUUAAUUUCCAAUCUUAUGUUAAGUAUAAGUGCAUAACAUAUGGAGCAUAAAUUAAAAUUUUGCAAUCAUAAGUAUUUGUAUUUAUGGUUAGGGUUCUUUUAGUUUUGGUUAUAUAUAACCAAGUAAUAAUAAAUGUAUGCUAAAUUGUUUUCCAAAUUCAAUAAAUCAUACAGAAAUAAACAUUAAAACAUGUUUGGGUUUAAAGUAAUAUUGGUAUGGAAUAGUAAUAUUGCUACAAUAUAAAUGUGUUUUAUUCAGUUUCAUUCAUCACAAAAUAUACAUAGAAAUAUAAAGUAGCCCUUUGUACGAUUUAUUUUAUUAUUUCGGCAUUUGCACAAAAAUAUUGUACAAAGAAGUCUACUUUAUUUCUAUGUAAGCAUUUAUGGAAUUAUACAACUUAAGUUAAUAUGUAUAUAUUUUUGACAUCUGAAUAAGAGGACAAGAUUCUAAUCCUCAAAGUGUACUGUUCCAAUUUUAACAUAUACCGAUGGCAAAUGUCUUUAAACCUGUUAUCCUUUCAAAACAUUCAUCGUCAAUAGUAAACUUUAAACAAAGAAUAUUCAUGGAUCUACAGGCUGUUUUCAUGACAUUGCACUAAUUUUCAUGAGAUUGCACUAAAAUAAGUAGAACAAUUCCUUUAAAAAUGUGUCCUAAAUUGCUUGUUUUCUAUCUGUAGGACUUUAGGACACACUUUUACAGGAAAAUUUUUAUUUAUUAUAGUAACCAUGGCCUGAAGUUUGGUGCAAUUUCAUGGGAACACUGUGUAUUGAAUAAAUAACUAGCUCACAGUAUUAUAAUGUACUGUUAUACAAACAGGUUUAAAAUGUUUUCUUAACACUAUUUCAAAUAGAUUUUUCAAAACCUAAUAAAAGCAGUACUGUACUUUUUCUGACUAAUUUUCUUUUGGCUGUUAUUUGUUUUCAAAGAGCAUUUUUAUGUAUUUAUUCUUUUUUCUGUGUGUUGGGUUUGAGAAUGAUAGUUAAAGGAAUUGGCAAGUAAUAGAAAAUCAAGUGCUUAUAUUACUUUGUGAAUAAUACAUGUGUGUGUGUAGACAAAUAAGUAAAAGGGAUAAAAGAUUUUAAAAUUUAUUUUUUGUUUUGAUCGCAAUCAAUAUUGUACUCUACAUUAUUUUUCAACAUUCUUGCAUACAUAAUCAUGAACUAAACUUAUAUUUCAAAUAAAUUAAACAAAUUUUAAGUGUGAUCCUUUGCUAAAAGCCAAUGUGUCUUAAUUUGUGGAAAUGCAAUUACAUUUAUUUAUGUUAAAAGAGUGUUAUUUAAACGUUUUUGUUUGACUGUCUACUGAAGUGAACAAAAACAAUGUAAAUGAGAGUUCCCAAAAAGUGCCUACAGACUCCACAGUUAGAAAAAGAAUGACAUAUUUUAAUAUUCAGCCUGUUAGUGUUAAUAGUUUAUGUCUGAAAAUAAAAUUAAAAAUUGGGUUUCAGUCUUAUUACAUUGUUUAACCACUUAGUUGCACAAAAGAAGUCAUGUUUUGCAUGAACAGGCACCUGUUCUUUUUAUCUUUCCUAAAAAUGAUCUUUCAGCAUUUUCAUUGAUUCAUCAAUAUUGUAAAAUCCUGUAACCAAGCUUAUAAAGGGAUUUAAUUGUUAUUGUAGCAGCAUCUAAAAAUGUAUCUUUUCAAAUGACUUUCCUUGUUACUAUUUACAGUAAUAGUGAAUAUAACAGUAGGACUCAACAACCUGUUGUACUUUAUUUAUAUAUAAAUACAUUGUUAUAAUGUACCUUAGGCAUCAUUCCUAAAUGAAUCGAAUUUUGUAUUGAAUACUCAAAACUCUUCCUCUCACGUUUGGUUCCUAAACUAGCCAAAAUGCUCUCAACCCGAUGGGAAGUAUGAUCUUGUUUUACUUUACGAAUUUUAUAAUACUUAUUAGUGUUAAUCAUGUUAUUUUUGUAAUAUAUAUUUUAUUGUUUGUAAUAUAUACAUAUAUAUUAUUUUUAAUGUAAGGAAGAGACGUUAUGCAAUCGCCAUUGUUUGUAAAUAUCAUUAUCGUACCGACUAUGUUUCGUUAUUGUGAUGUUAAAUGUGUUGUGGUCUCACUAUUUCGGUAGUAUCUGCACCCAGUCCAGUGUUUCUCUAACCGUUACAGAGCCGGUCCAGAAGAGCAUUGUGUACCAGAUUGUGCCAUAGUUGUUGUUCGGUAACUAGUUAGUGUCUACAAAAAAGUUACACUCAGAAACAUUCCUGAGUUGAAUUUAAUAUUAAAUAAUUCUUCAAUUUGUUGCUUCAAGGAGUUGUAAAUUCAAGAGAUUGUGUUUAAUGGGUGGUAUUGUUGUCUUUCCUAGUUAAUUUCUUUACUCAUAUCAAUUUCGGUAUUUUUUAAAAUACGUAUUACUCAAAGUAAUUCACUUGAUUCAAGAACAACAAAUUAAACAGAUAAUAAUUUGAAGUUGUUAAUAAUUGUAAAACAGUAAUCAGAUGUUUUAAAUGAAACAAAAGUACGCUUAUAAGAAUAACAUUGGCAUUUUGUACGGCUGUGGGGUUAUAACAUAUUUCAAAUGCUAAAACCCCAUCUAGAUUGUUAGAGCUGUCGAUUGAUACCAAAUGUACAUAAAAUAGUAGGUUUUACCAAAGACCAUAAAUUCAUUUAUUAAUAUAAAUACUAAAUAAUAUAAAUUGUAUGGUUAUAGACAUAUUGAAAGUGUUGACCUUGUGUACACUUAAGUAUCUAACUCAAGUUAUUUAAAUAAAUUUCAAUGAAAAAUUCAGGAUCUAUAAGUUGAUGAAAUCUUAUUUUAUCUAAUUAUAAUUAUUAGUGUCUAUAAAUAGGUAAUAGUAAUCCAUCCUUAAACAAUGGUAGUGUAGUCAGGAGUUGCAUUUGGAGUUCUCUGUUAUAUUUUGAAAGAGAAACAACUUCAAAACUUCUUUUAAAUGUUAUGUAUGAAAGAUGCAAGGUGUUUGGAAAAUGUGAUCUGAAAAUUCUGAAAAAAACUGCUUAAUUUAUUCGAUUAACCCCCAUUGCCCUCCAGCCACUAUCUACAAUGUGUAUAAAAAUUACCUAGAAGCUAAUGAAAGUUUUUAUUUAAAAAUUAUUUUUAAUUAGUUUAAGUUAAUUAUUUUCUCUGGACAACGUUACACUUUCAUUACUUUUAGAACACAUGAAAUAGUAUAAAUUGUUUUUAAUGAGUUAUUGAGUACCAAAGGAACAAUUUUAAACAAAUCCAAAAUCUAUCUAAUCUCAGAGACUGUAGUGUGAGAUCCGUUACUCUGAGAACUACAAUAACAGUAUUGAUGUACUCAGUUGACUGAUAUUACAAAGUAAACGGUCAAUAAUUAUGUAUUUUUUUGUAUGAAUAAUGGAGGAGAUACAGGACAAUAAUUCUAUUUCUCUUACAAAUCUUUCAUCAUCAGUGAUGGACUAUGAAAAAUAAAUGGAAAUUAUCAUGGCGUAUCUCUUCUUGUAUGAACUGGACCGAAGUUCAAGGAUCUGCCUGUUAGAAAAAUCUGUUGAUCGGAUUUAACAUGCUCUUCUGGACCAGCCUGAUUAAUAUUGAAUUUGUUAUAAAAUAUAUGUAGAUGUAGAUAUGUUCCGAUCAUGUUGGACUGUCAACGAAUCAGAAGUGUAAUUACACAGAAAUAUUACUUAUACAGAUUGUUUCAUAUUUUUAAAACAAAACUGUCACAGUACUGCAUUAAAGGAAUUGUAUAUAAGUUGAUUCUUCAAGCUUACAUUUUGUUUUUGGUUUAUGGAUUUGCUUGUGUUGUAAUUUUCAUUUUUAAACAGAUAUGGUAAUGCUAUUUCUUGUUUAAAAACAUUAUUUUCAGAUUUCUUUGUUGACUUUAUUUUUAAUGGAUUUUAUCAAAAUGAAAAUUGUUCUCAUUUGCAGAAUUGUUUUACAAAACAACAGAAAGGUUUUAUGUAUCUUUUUUCUUUUACACUACUUUACUCUACUUAUUUUUGUAAAUUAUUAAAUUAGUAUUUUAUAUUUUAUCCAGUGUCUUGGUUCUAGUUAGCAAUAAUCAUUUCUGUUCUGUAACCUAACAAACAGGAGAAUUAAGAAAAAAAGUGUCUGCCCAUUUUACUUUCACUAGUUCUCUAUUUUCUUUUGAGACAACAGUCUACUUCCAUAUGCCAACUUUUGUUUCUCUUACGCACCCAUCAUCACUUACUUUUACACAGCUGUUAUUUCCUCACUACUGACAGCACCAGGGAGUGCUGCCUUUUCUCUUUCAGUGGAAUAUUGUCGUUGCAAUUGAAUAGAAUGUUUCAAAGCCAUGCAGCAAUAAAGAAAAAGUUCCCCGGCAUUUACAGCUAAUGUCCCUCUUAUAUACCUCUGUCCAUUGCAGGCCAUUCUUCCCUCUACCAUUUCAGUCCCUAAACAUUGCUUAUACGUACAAUUUGCGUUGAACAGUCAUGUAUGAACUGGCUUCUCUUUAAUUUUUGUACGUUACAACUGUAAUGAGUAUUAAUACAAAAAGUUAACGCCAAAGUAACUGUACUACAAUGUAGGAGUGUGUCACUCCAUGUAUCGUGUAACAUGCUUCCAUAAGGUUGCAUGCAAAAUUUCAAGUCUAUAGCUCAUUUCAUUAUGCAUCAUGUGCUACUAUGUCUAGAUGCUAUAUUAUUGUACUCAGUUUGUUUAUAAGUAUAUUUAUUCUGCGAUUUUUGUUGUUGCCAUCAUUGUUACUCAUAAGAACAAUUUUUAAAUGUUCAUUAAACCCUGAGCUAUGUACCAUGGAGUGACAUGCACCAUCAUCAAGCUCAAUACUGUUUAUAUAGAAAUUAGUGUUCAUCGAAUCUUUUAAGUUUGUAGGUCAGUUCAUUCUUGAGAUUACUUGCUGACAGACAGACAGACAGAAAUGAAUUUUACAGCCCCUAUUUACUCUUGUUGGUAUCAAGAGUGAACAUUCAGUUUGAAACUGAUGAAAUUCAGCAUCCAAUAACUGUCUUCACUAGGCAUGGGGAUUAAAAUAUGUAACAAAUUACGAUAUCUUCUUAGUGAAUUGGUAUCAAAAAAAUUUAGUUGCCAUGUCCUUUGGGAUUACUGCAGGAAUCUAUCAAGUUUUUUAUCAGAUAAUACUCUGCUAGCAGUACUAAUCUCAAAUCACGUCAGUAGCUCCCUUUUCGAUUCUAUCUGUCGUUCGUUAUUCUGUCUCUUCUACUAUCUCACCGCUGUUCCUUUUUAUCUGUCCCAUUGUCUCCUGCAAUGUUGGUAUAAAGUAUACCUGAGAGGUGGUAAAUUCCAGUGACACGCCUUGUUCUUCACAAUUUUUCACUGUCUUGCUAGUUCAUUCUAUUAAUUUACCAUUUGCAUUGUGGGAUUUUUUUCAGAUGCAGACUUCAAAUGGAUAGUUAAAAAUCGUAUAUUGUUAUGCUUGAUAAUUUCUAUCAUGUACUUAGGGUGGCCAUGCAAAGAAAGAGAUAAAUUAGAAGUCAGAGUUAAAGCAUUUGUUCUGAACCUGCUCAAUUUGUUUAAAAACACGGAUUAGUUUAAUUUUAAGAGAUAAUUAGCAAUAUUGAGACAAAGACAAAAGUUGGUUCCUAACGGAUCAUCUUUUUCCAGAGUAUUUUUCCGUAUUGUUAAGUGCAUGUUGACUUAAGCCGUGUCUGAUUGGCCAUACUAUGAUCGUAAUCUGUGUGUUGGUGGAAUCUAUGGUACAUGACACCUUCACUCCAAGACUGUUACAGUGCUCUAAGCACUUAGGUGGUAUUCUGGCACAACAGUUUUGUGGUUCAGAUGUAAUCAGUGAAAUUAGCCAAAUGUUACAAAAGUGGUCUUGUUUCAUAAGCGAUUGUAAUAUGUUGAGGUUAUAAAAUAAAAACAGAAAUACAGGAUUUUUAUUGUCUGUUUUAUUAGAUUAAAUUUAUGUGUUGUGUGUAAUUUUACAUUGUAUUUCUGAACAAAUUUUAUUUUACUUACCCAAACUUAUAUCUUAUUCUAAGUUGUAGUAAAUUUACUGUGAGAAACACAUUCCUUAUGUUUUUACUUCUUAAGACAAUGUAUAAAACCCUCACCCCCCCCCACUCAUUUAUGUGUAAAGCUUGAGAGUUAAUUUUGUUAUUGUAACUACUGAUGCGUUACAAUUUUGGUCAAGGUAUACAGUUACGCUUUGUUUGAAUUUUUUUUAUUGUUUUGUAUUCAGUGUAGAAGAGAUAUUGUCUUUGAAUUUUGUUUAUUAAUUUUGUAGCUUUUAAUGACGGACUAUUCAUUAUACUUUUUAAUUUGUUACUAGUGCGUGCAAUAUUUCAACCUGUUGUCAAUUUAAUGGACAUUUCACUAGAAUUAAUAAGAACGUUUGAAAACUAUGCAAACAACAACACCUAUUCUAUUUAUCUAAAUAAGGCAGAAUGUUGAAACCAUACGUAAUGUUUUUAAUAAUAAGUGAGUAAAUCAAACACCUUUGAUAAGGUAAAAUGUUGUUAGUUAUACAAAAACUUUUAACACUUUUUUACUCUACAGUGUAUAUUGGUUUUGUUUCAUAUUUUUUUGUAAGCAUUAUAACAUUAGUUUAUUCAUUUUGUGCAUUCUCAUGAAAUAAUAUUGAUUUUAUUGUAGAUAUUUUGGUUGACCCGUACACUUUCAGUGCCAGUUUACAAUUCCAGACAACCCAUUUAAUUUAAUGUUAUAUUUUCCAGUUUGGAAACUAUAGGCUUGUCAAGUUUUCUCAGCAACAUCUGGUUGUUUUUCAAAUAUAAAUUAUAAUUUUAAUUUUUAUUAUUUAUUUCAAGUAACCAUUACUGUUCCUAAAUCAUCUGGUUCAUCGUAAGUUCCGGUUAAAAAAAAAUCAUUUAACUAUUCAUUGUAUCUAAUUUUAAAUACAUUAUUUUUCAAGAAAAAAGAAAAAUCAUUAAAAAUGAAUUAAAUUUGAGUUUAAAAUUAAUACCGAUAUUAAUGUUAGCCAUAAAUGAUUGUUUUUAUUUUAAAAUGUUUAUACUGUUGAUGUUUUGGUUUGUUUGUUUGUUUUUCUUAUAUUAAAAUUUCUUUAAAAAAAGUUACACUUGCAAUUUUUCAAACAGUAAGCACUUUAUAAAUGUAUCUAAACAAGUUUAGAAUUAAAUAUUUUUGUUAUUUAAUUAUAAAUUAGCUUCCUACUUAUUAAUUAAUUUUUUCACUUUUGACAGUUUGGUUCAUGUGUUAUUGUACUCCUUUCAAUACCUCAUAACAUUAUAUUAUUCCAUAUUAUUUUACAUUGAAAGAGCAUAGUUUUAGCUGUGGUGCAAAAAUUAUAAUAAAAAAAAGAUUUCUCAUCAAGUUCUUUACAAUAAGAGUAUGUCACAGUUAUCUCAAUGUUUGUUGUUUUCUUUAUGUCAUUGUUUGAUUGUUUGUUUUUCCUAUAUAUUUGUUUGUAUACAAACUUAGUUUACUUCACCUCUUGUGCAAUCUUUAUAUCAGUGAUAAUAUCAAUAAAGUGAUUACAACUACAA